CGUCAGUCCAGCCCUCACCCCACCCGGUGAAUACUCGGGGCUGGGGCAGGGUCUCUCCGGGGCGGGGGAGGGCGAGGUGAGGGAGAGCUGCUAGCAGCCCGGUGCGGCCGGGAGUUCUUCACCCCCGACCUGGGUUGGGCGGGCCUGGGCCCCGGAGGGGGGCCGUUGGACGCUGAACCUCUGAUCCCGCCCUUCUCGCCCGCAGAGGCAUGAGCAGCGCCCCCGCGCCGGGCCCAGCGCCCGCCAGCCUCACGCUCUGGGACGAGGAGGACUUCCAGGGCCGCCGCUGCCGGCUGCUGAGCGACUGCGCGAACAUCGCGGAGCGCGGAGGCCUGCGCAGGGUGCGCUCUGUCAAGGUGGAAAAUGGCGCUUGGGUGGCCUUUGAGUACCCCGACUUCCAGGGACAGCAGUUCAUUCUGGAGAAGGGUGACUAUCCUUGCUGGAGCGCCUGGAGCGGCAGUGGUGGCCACCACAGCGACCAGCUGCUCUCUUUCCGGCCAGUGCUCUGCGCGAAUCACAGUGACAGCCGUGUGACACUGUUUGAGAGGGAGAACUUCCAGGGCAGCAAGUUUGAACUCAGCGAUGACUACCCAUCCCUGCCCUCCAUGGGCUGGGCCAGCAAGGAUGUGGGUUCUCUCAAAGUCAGCUCUGGAGCGUGGGUGGCCUACCAGUACCCAGGCUACCGAGGCUACCAGUAUGUAUUGGAGCGGGACCGGCACAGUGGGGAAUUCCGUACCUACAGUGAAUUUGGCACGCAGGCCCACACCGGGCUGCUGCAGUCCAUUCGAAGAGUCCAGCAUUAAGCUCCAGAGCCCUGACA